CAAUCCGAAUGGAUCAUAGAUGGAAAGAAAAUCUGCUUGGAUUUCCAGAAAUUAAAUUGGCUUAGGUCAAAGAAAUAUGGGUUUUCAAGAAACGGCCCAUCUCAACUCUCCACCCCGUUCUCUCCCACCACACCACUACCUUACCCUUUUCCGGGAAAAUUUUAGUGAGAAGCGAAAUUCAGUUUUCCCACACCCCGCUCACGUUGCAGCUCUAUAAAGCAAUUUCUUGAUUUUCAACCUAGGGUUUUUACUCUUUCGUUUCUUUGUCUUCUCGGAGCAUUGAAUUCGGAUACCCUAGGUAUCGAAUGGAAGAAGACAAGGGGGGCGGUGGCGGCGGCGGCGGUGGUGGUGGUGGAGGCGGUGGAGGAGGAGGAGGGGGUGAAUCGGCGGGUGUUUCGUCGGGGUUCGUGAAAGCCGGUGAGCGACAGAGGUUUACGGUGGAGCUUCGACCGGGGGAGACCACCAUCGUGUCGUGGAAGAGGCUGAUCAGGGACGCUCAGAAGGCGAGUGGAUCGACAUCGGCGGCGCCGGAGGCCCCGGCCAAUGCUCACCCGGCUCUCGAGUCUCGCAUCGCUCCGGUGAGGGUUCAAUUCAUGUUGGGGAAUGGUAAUGGUAAUGGUAAUGGUUGUUGUUGGUUUGCUUGUUUGGUUGCCGGGAAAACGCGAAGCCUUCAGUUGCAGUUCAACUGUUUGGCCCCAGGAAAGCGUUUAAGGCAACAUGGGACAACCUGCUGAAGGCGAAUUAAACGAUGCUCCUGCUCCGAAUCGUUUCAGUGCUGUUAUUGAGAAGAUUGAACGUCUUUACAUGGGUAAGCAAAGUAGUGAUGAGGAAGAUCUAGAUGAUUUUCCUGAUGAUGAUCAGUAUGACACCGAAGACUCUUUUAUCGAUGAUGCUGAGCUGGAUGAGUAUUUUCAAGUCGAUAACUCUGCAAUAAAACAUGAUGGAUUCUUUGUCAACAGGGGGAAGCUGGAACGCAUUGAACCUCCUUUAUCUCCUAACCAUCAAUCCAAGAAAAGGCGAAGGAAAGAUUUGGCAAAAGCUCAAGGAGAGAGUGAUGAUGCUAACGUACCAAAUAAACAUGUCAAAGUGGGUAAGACAGUGUCUGGAAAGUCUGCUGCAUUGGUUGCAAAGAAUGCGUCUGUUCCCUCUCAGGCUCCUGCUGUUACAAGUGAACAUGGUGAAGAUAUGAAACAUCAGAAUCAAUCAAAUGCGUCUGUGAUAUGUUCGAAAAAAAAAUCUGCUGAUACUAAAACUACAUUGGAUCCUUCAUCUUUGAAAGUUUCAAAUGGCAGUUCUUCUGUAGCCUUAGCAGAAGUGAAGGAUGAAAGACAGAAGACAGUAGUGCUCCCGUCCAAGAACCUUGGCAACAAAAUGAAAGAUGCAAGUGGGUUCUCUGAUGCUUCACAUCAGAGAUAUCAUGAUAAAAAUGCUUAUACACAAUUAAAAUCCCAAUCUGGAAGACUAUCAGACAAUCUUAGUCCACUAGAAGUAGCAGCUCGGCCAAGAGAAAAGAAUGGUGUUCGAGAACUUCCUGAAACUAAUGUCUCAGAGAGCAAGUGUAUGAUGCAAACAACAAAAGCUUCACAUAUUCACCGAAAGGAUGGUUCUAGUGCUAGGCCCAAAGGAACAAUGCUUGAAAAAGCCAUUACGGAAUUAGAGAGGAUGGUGGCAGAAUCAAGGCCGCCCACUAUGGAUGUUCAAGAUGGUGAUACUUCAUCCCAAGCAGUCAAAAGGAGAUUGCCUCCCGAAAUAAAGCUGAAACUUGCAAAAGUUGCUAGACUAGCGCAGGCGAGCCAUGGCAAAAUAUCUAAGGAGUUACUUAAUCGGCUUAUGAGCAUUCUCGGACACCUAAUCCAGCUUAGGACAUUAAAGCGAAAUUUGAAAGUCAUGAUUAACAUGGGUUUGUCAGCAAAACAAGAGAAAGAUGAUAGAUUUCAACAGAUAAAGAAGGAAGUUAUUGAGAUGAUUAAAAUGCGGGUGCCCUCUCCAAGGUCCAAGGGGUUUGAUCAACAAGUUGGAUCAUCGGAUGAUUUUCAAGAAAUCGGUUCUGAAGAAAAGGGCGUUCUUAAAAGAAAGUUUUCUAUGGGUGACGAGAUGGAGGAUAAGAUUUGUGAUCUCUAUGACCUUUAUGUUGAUGGGCUGGAGGAUGAUGCAGGUCCACAAAUUCGAAAGUUGUAUGCAGAGCUUGCAGAACUGUGGCCAAAUGGAUCAAUGGACAACCAUGGGAUUAAACGUGCAAUUUGUAGGGCUAAGGACCGUAAGAGAGCACUAUACAGCCGUCAUAAGGACCAGGAGAAAAUUAAGAGGAAGAAGCUGUUGACAUCAAGGACAGAGGAUGCUGUUCGAGUUGAGUCUAGUUCAAUUGCUCAGCCACAGUAUGCUCGGGAGAGGCCGGCCACUGAUUCUGGUACUCAUGGCUUAACUGCAUCUAGUAAGCCAGUACCCAACACAACUACUGCAGCUGUCCGGAUGCCUAGUCCUUCAGUGAAUGGUCCUAGCUUGGACAAGGUGAAACAAGAGAAGGUAAAGAUAAGUUCUGGCAACUCCUUGGACGAUCCUAGGGGUGUGGAUGGUGCAUUGCCAAAGAAAAAGGCGAAGAAGCCAGAACUGGAAUCAGGUGAAGCUCAUUUCCGUCCCGAGAAGUUGCCUUCCCAACAGGGAGAGGAACGACAGAAAUCAUACAAGCAGGCUACAGCUCCUCCUUCCCAUAAAUCAAACCUUCAUCAGUCGGGGGCUGUUACAAACUUUGAACAGUCAAGCUGACAUGCUGUUAGCUCAAUCAGAAAAUUUAUAUUCCCGAAAUGUUGCUUAGCACAGAUGUCCCUUUUUCGUUUUUUGGGUCUCGUUUCUUCUUCCUUCAUUUUGCGGCUUCAUUUGGUCUGUGACAAACUGAUUGGGUUUUCCUGUCUCUGUAAGUAGACGUUGUUGCAUUGCAUGGAGCCUCCUGGAUUAGAGUUUUCCUUUUUAAUUUUUAUCUUAAAUAGAGAUAGCAGAAAGCUGUAAUUUUGCUGUGCAGCAUAUCUGCAUGGCUUCAACUGCUAUUUUUAUUCAUUCUUUGCCCUUGUUACAUUUUAAA